UUUCUCGCCUGUCCCAGUCCUGCCUUGUGUCUUUGCUGCCGGCCUCUGUUAGUAGAGGACAAAGCCUAAGUGGGUCCUGCUCGUUUGUAAUUAGCGACCUUCUUAAUUCCAGCUGUUUGCGGGGCGUGCAGAAACUUGCAGUAGGCAAAGGGCAGCAGUGGGAAGGGGCUGGCUGCUGUUUAGAGAUGCAUGGAAUCACAUUUAGGAUUCAAAUCAGCGUGAAAGAACUGCUGGAUACAGAUGUACUUUUAAAGCUGUUAUUUCAUUUACCAGUCAAUUAUCCAUCAACUCUACCAGAUAUUUCCGUUAACUCAGACCAGCUUACAAGGGCCCAAUGUAUGGAUGUGAAAGAUAAAUUACUUGAACAAGCAAAGAAUCAUCUUUCUGAACCCAUGGUACACGAUCUGAUUCUUUGGAUACAGCAGCAUCUUAAAUAUGUCAUUAAGGAAUCAGCAACAGUUUUCAAUGAAAAAACUACUUCGUCAAAAGGAACAAGUACAGAGGAUGGUAUCUGGAUGCUCCUUUUGCAUUUAGAUCACAUGAGAGCAAAGGCAAAAUACGUCAAAACUGUGGAAAAAUGGGCUACAGAUCUAAGGCUGACUGGAAGACUGAUGUUCAUGGGCAAGAUAAUAUUGAUUCUUCUUCAGGGUGACAGGAGCAACAUUAAGGAGUACUUGAUUCUUCAGAAAACUUCUAAGGUAGAUGUGGACUCAAGCGGAAAGAAAUGCAAAGAGAAAAUGAUUAGUGUACUGUGUGAGACAAAAGUACAGUCACAGCAGAAAAGGUUUCAGACGUUUGAAGUCAAAGAAUAUUCAACACUGGAUGAGCUACAAAAGGAAUUUGAAACUGCAGGACUUGCAACUCUUUUCUCUGACUUUGUGCCUCCUCUCUUAAAAUAAAAUUAAAAGAAAACUCUGGACUCUUUCACCAAAGCAGUAGUUGACUGCAGAUGCUGAUGGAAGAUAAAAGGACUAAUUUGGCAAACAACGUUAAAGCUUUUCUGAAAAAAAAUACCAGUAGUAGCCAUCCUUUUGCAAGAAGGAGAAGGCAAUUAGUACAUUAAGAAUUGAUAAUUUUUUGACAUUUGUGUAUUGAUAACUUUUUCCAAGGAAUGUGGAGUUAAUUGUGAUAAUUGCAUGGCGAGCAUGAGAGAUUGGGAAGAAAUAAUGUUAAAAUAAUGGUCUUCUAGUUAGACUCUGUUUUGCAAUCCCCAUUUUUCAAUGUUUUCAUUUAUAUCUGUCAUGGUAGUGGUUUUUCGUAACAGCCUGCUAGAAAGCAUUAUUAAUUUUGCUUUGGAAGCUUAUAUGAAGAUAUUUCUAUAAAAAGCAUAGCAAACACAUAUUUGAAUAUGUGAGGACAGCAUAUACUUAAUAUCCCUUAGGUGUUCAUCUGCUAACUUUUCAUUCUCCAUUUAUUUGACUAUAAAUGCUAGACUGUUGAUUUAAAGAAAAAGCUUAUGUCACUUGGGGCCUGAAAAAACUUAGAAAUGUCUUUUUGAAUGUUAGUUUUUAUUCCAAAAUGUAUAAAAACACCCAAGUGGAGAAUUUAAAUAGAUUAAAAAGCUAAGGUAAAGCCAAUUGUAAUAUUUUCUGUGAUAGUUUACAGAUUCCUUUUUGCACUUUAUCUGGUUUUACUGUCAGUGCAUCUUUAGACAUCUUGAUUCAAUUAAACUGUCAGUGCAGUAUAUAUAAAGACUUCAGUCUUCUGUCUCUCAAGACUUCUGUCAAGUCUUCUGUCAUUUGAGAAGCUGGUAAGUUAUAACUCCCUAUUAAAAUUUCCAUACCUUUAGCAUUUUGUUUUGAUUGGUCAGUGGCCCUGGCCAGCUUAUAAUUUUUUUUUAUCACUAGUCUAUAGUUUGCUUCAGUAUAAUGUUACAAAUUAUAUACAUCAUUUUUACAAAUUGUGCAAGUUCUGUUUGCCUAGGUAGAAUUGGAUACUUAUUUCUUCUUAUAAUUAUUAAUGUACGUUGGUUUCUAUUUUACCUGCUAUCAUUCUCUAGCAAGACUAGAUAAAUUGUCCAGUAGCAAAAAUUUUCAAGUAGUGAGAUUUUCAGUAACUAGCAUUGCCAUUUCAGUUAGUUUUAGCAUGUAGCUAAGCAUGUCCUUUACUGCUCUCUAAAACUCACUCCCAGAAGCCAAACGUCUCAUGUAUUCUUUAACUGAAUAGAUUUGAUCAAUUCAGUGUAAAUUCAUUUAUCUCCUUGCACUGGGGGAAGACUGGUACAAUUUGGUUAGUUCCUGUUGUGUGGUUUGGCAAAUCAUCAUGUAAAACAUUUUGAUGUCUGGUUUCAUACUCGGGCCAUGAAAUCAUACCUCUAUAUGUACACUAGCGAACCAACUAAAACAAACUAUUAAGUUUUUAGGUUUUACUGUUUGAGAUAUCAAGUGCAUAAAGGGUUGUAGACUAUUUGAGAGUUUCUUAAGUUUUUAAGGAGUUUGGUAAUUUUCCUAAUAUGGAGUGUCUCAAAUUCCUGUGUUGCAUGUUAUUUUAUGUACCAAGGCUUAUUUAAUAAGACAAUAGCAAAAGCUCUUCUUAAUGAGUCUUUCGUGUGUAGCACAUACAGUAUUUCAGGCAUGGUAGAAAACAGACUGGGUUAAACAGGUUUUACAAAUCUGCUCUAUGUUAUUUUGAAAUGGCUUCCUGAGAGAAAGGAAAUCAAAUUUUCUAUCAUUUUAAGUGUAUGCGGAGAUGAAUUUUUACUUUUAUAAAGAAUAAAACCCCAGAAGUAUCUUUAAAAUAUUAAAAUAACAUGUAUUUUAAAUUACAGUUUUCAGGAUUGAGCUAUCCUCAGUUAAAAUAGCUAUGUUGAAAAAUUGUAUGUCAGUGGAGUAUAAAGUCUUGAAAGAUGCAGAGGCUUCUCUUCUUAUACUAUGCGAUAGAUCUGACAAGUAUCAAAAACAAGAAAAGGCCUAUGCAUGUGCAGUGUAAAACAUAAUCAGUAUCUCUCUGCAAAUCUAAAUGUUGUAAAGUUUUGCCAGAUGGAUUUUAUGUCCUCAGACAGAUCUUUAAAAUACUCCACUUUUCUGGAAAGAGAAUAAGUAGUAAAGUACUCCAGCACAACCUAUAUCACAACCUUCUCCAUUAAAGUCUAGCUGGAACCUUAUCUAACGUGUAUAAAUAAGUUGUAUAUGCUUUUUGUUGAUUUUGGAAAUUGGGUUGAAUAGCAUACCUAAUCAUGUGAUCUCAAAUUGCAUGUCACUGCAAAAAUAAUUGAGGUGUACAGUUGUUGUGCUCAUCUUUCUUGCAAGAUUAGAUGCAGACGCUCCAACUUUUUCCUCCCUACUCUAAAAGCUACUGUAAUUAGCUGCAUAAGAGAAGCUGUUUGUAGGGUCAGUGGUUGCCAGUUGCACUUGGAUAUAAACUCAUGUAUUUUCUUGAAAACUAUUGCCUGAUGCCUUCUUGGUUAACUGUUUGGUCACAACUAUCAUCGUGCAUCAGCCAAUUUAAAAAGUAAAAAAGUUGAAGAGCAAAUGACAGUUGGGUAAGUUGCAGCUCUCUUCUGAUCUGCGUUCAUCUUCUUGCCAAAUGAAGUUGUAAGCAGCUAGAUGAUUUCUGUACUUCAGGAGUUGUAAAAAGCAGUUUAUACAAUCAAUUUUUAUCAUAGUUGAAUUUGUUACUCGCUAACUUAUAUUGGACAAAUCAACGAGUCCAGCCUAGGAAAAGACUGCAGUUUUUUUGCUUGGACUGAUGUACUUCAGGAGAAUUACAAAUCUGAUCAGCUUGAUACUGUUCAGGCAGCAGAGAACAUGAAAACUGAUGUCAGGCUGAUUCUGUCAAAGCAAAUACUUUUGCCUACCUAUCAAUCAGUCACUUAUUUUGAAGGGUAGGAGGAUAUCUUGUGUUCAGACAAGUAAACAAUAUUUUUAAAGGUUGUUCUUUUGGAAGAAUGUUGCAGCUGUCUGUUAACUGAUGGUUUGUUUGCAUUUAUUGUAAAAAGAGAUGGGCAAGCCUGUGAGCCCCUGGGGCACAAAAGUCAUCAAAAUGCUUACUGUGGUGCAUGUUCUGCCCUCCAAGGGAACUGAAGCAGACACAGAAGAAUAAAAUGUGGGGAAAUAAAGUCAAAACUCUUGAGAAUCAUUAAAGAAUGCAUAUCAGUGCCUAAAAAGUUAGUGAAGUGUAUAUAGCUAUCAGAAUCAGACAAUUCAAUUGCAAGGAAAAAGAAAUUCACAAAGAAAAAAUGGUUUAACAAACAAUAUCCACAAGAAAGCUAGUUUCUUAUAAUAUAAAUAGUUCUUUGAACAGUGUGCUUAGUAAAGUCUGGUUUCCCGCGGACAUUCUUGUAUUCUAAACAAUUGCACACAUGAAGCCUUUCUUGCAGAAGAGACAUUCAUGAUGGAACUCUCCCAGGUGGGUUCCCCAAUGCCUGAGGUUGAUUGUGCUUUCUGUAUAAAUCAUUAAAGUAUCAAUAGCAUUUUUAUUCUCUGCUAUGUGUUUUCAGCAAAGUUGUAGAAACUCGGUUUCUUUCAAGCUAGUAACCUCUCAUUUUAUUUGAAAUGAGUUGAAUUCAAAAGUUUUAGAAGAAUUUUGUUGUGUAAAUAUAAUAUGUUUGCUUCCAUACAGACAGCACAGCUGCAUGAAGUUUCAUUUGAAAAUCAGGCUAAAAUGAAAACUGUUGCAAUAGGAUGGACUACUUGAAGAAUCAGGUUUUUAGGACAAAACUGUGAUUUGACUGGUCUUUUUGAAUCCCUUGGCUUAUUAAGUGUGAAGAAAACAGAAAAUAGGUUAAGAAAUAAGGGUAUAUAGAAAGAGGAGCAAAACCCCUUAUUUGCACAGUCAUUUUUGCAUGAAUACAUUGCAUCCAAAGUGUCUGUUCUAAUCCUGAGGAGACAUGCUCGAUCCAGUCUGCUAAACUGCGGUUGAAUUAACUGCAGUUGGGUGGGCAUCCACCAGUCACUAGAAGAGAUGGCACUGGCUGUGCCAGGCGGGUUUGUUAGAAAAUGGCACAUGUUCACUUUUUCUGCUCCUUUCAUAUGAUUCAUGAGUGUUGUAGGUCUGCAUUUUCUGUUGUACGAGAAGAAAGAUGGUCUGGUCUUCUGAGGACUUCUCUCUCAUUACCCUGUGUGCAGCAAGCAUAAACUGAAGUAACCAGAAGGGCAACAUGAGAUUUUUUUUUUACUAUUCAUGUAACAUCAGGUCUUGCUACAUAUGUAUGCUCCAACUUCGGCAGAGUAGUGAUGACUGUGGAAACAAGGACUUUGGAGUGCUAACAGAUUAAAUUGCUCAAUUCUGCAAGAAAUGAAUCGUUCUACAGUUUUGUGUUUUAGCAUUGUUACUGACCGUCAUUAUGACCAAGGUCUGUGGAGAAAACCAUCUCUGUCUUGGUAGAGGGAGGAGCAGGAAUAAAACUCCCUUCUUUUCUGUAUUAAUUUUUCAAGGCAUUAUUUAUAGCAUUAAUAUGUACUAUUUAUAUUUAAAGGGUUUUAUUAUCCUCUCUUGUAAAGAAACCUUUAUGAGCAGCACAUACUGUGAAGUAGCCUACUGUUCAGGAGAAUAGCAUGGCUUCAGGGGAAGUAAUGCCAAGUUCCAGAGCAGGGAAAUACUUUUAAUGGGGGACAUCGUUAGUAUUGGGAAUUCACCAUUUUUUUUUUUUUACUUAUUCAGUCUCGUUAAGAUUAUAAUUCUUACACCUCACCCCCCCUUGCCAUUUGUUAUUUGCUGUUACAGGGAGGAGAAGACACUGUAAGAACUCCUAGAUGAAAUCCUUGACAUAAUCAAUUAAAAAAAGAUUGAAAGUAGAUUUGAUUGUUUUGUGAAUAAGGCUAAUUUUUGUGGUUUUGUAAUUCUAUCUCAUUUUCCUAUAAGUCUGCUUCUUAUUUCUGUAUGAAUGACCCACAAAACCCAGAGAUUAGUAUAAAUUAGAAGUACUGUAAUGAGCUUAAAGAAACUUCAUAGUGGAAAAAAUACUUUGUUUACAUUGUUUCUUUUAAAAAUAGUUUAAUAAACCCUACAUACGGAUGAUUUAAAAUCUUGUGUCCCUUGAUUUGUUCAGCUUUAUCUGUGAAAAUACAAACAUAAUCAUAUUAUAGUUCCUUGAAAUAAGAUGAUGAAACGUUGCACACACUGUAUUUCUGCCAGAGUUUGAGACUGAAAUUGCUUAUAUUAUAAAAUAGUGCAGUUGCUGGAAUCAACUUUCAUAUAUCU